GGACAGCAUCUUCACUUUAUAUGUACUCGCGAGGUCUGACCAUGACUUGCGGCUCCUUCCGUUACGCGUGUCCUAACACACGAGGUCUGAUGCCCUCUCAUCUCAGUUGCCGACCGAAUAGCUUCCACACCACGAAGCGACCGCCAGGAUCUCACUGGAGCCCACCUUCUACGAGCGCACUACCGGCCAAGUCGACUUCAGCCUAACCCUCGUUACUCUUGUUUUUAUUGUGCGCUCGGCCACCUCCCUUGUCUUCUCAAACAGCCUGCAAAGCAUCGGCAUCGGCCGCGCUGGGGCUAU